UGUCAGAUUUUAUGGUGAUUUAAAAAAAAAAAGUAUAUCUAACAUGAAAGGCGCGAAAACAUGAAACAAACGUCCUCGUACACCACCAAACUAUGCUUCGCCAGAGCCCCGCCGUAUACAGAAUCCACUACCCUACCCUCUUCAACCCACGUCCUACUCUUACUACCUUGGUUACCUCCCUUUUUCCCUCACAACACCCUCUUCUCUCCAACCCACAAAAACCAACCCAAUCAACCCAACCCUCUUCUCCUCAUUCAACCCACUUCCAAAACCCCUUUGAUCACUUCAAAACAUACCCAACUCAUUUCUCGCCCUCAAGUUCCGGUUUUUACGAAUUCCUUGCCAACCGUUAUAGAUAUACUAGCUGCUAUCACGAGGCCCAACAGCUACACUUACAGAUUUUGAAACAUGGGUUUGACUGCGAUUUGUUUUUGGUGAAUACCCUUGUGAAUGGGUAUGCAAGAGGUGGGGAUUUGGGUUCUGCACGUGUAGUGUUUGAUGAAAUGCCGGUUAGGAAUUCUGUAACUUGGGCUUGUUUGAUUUCGGGGUAUACCCGAAACGGCAUGCCCGAUGAGGCAUGUGGUGUGUUCAAAGAGAUGGUUUGCGCGGGGUUUUCGCUGAAUAUUUACGCCAUUGGUAGUGCUCUCCGAGCCACUUGCCAAAUUUCAAGCCUUGGCGGGCUUGGGCUUGGGCUGCAGAUUCAUGGUUUGAUAUCGAAAACCCGGUAUGGAUUUGAUGCUGUAGUUUGUAAUGUAUUGAUUUCGUUUUACGGGAACUCUAUGGGUUCGGCUGAUUGUGCGUUUCGCGCUUUUGAUGGGAUACAGAUGAAGAAUUUGAUAUCGUGGAAUUCUAUGAUUUCAGUUUGCUCGCAUAGAGGUGAUGCGGUUUCUGCUUUUGAGCUCUUAUCUAGAAUGGAACAGGAUGGCUCGGAAUUCUGUUUCAAACCCAGUGAGUACACUUUUGGUAGCUUAGUAACGGCCGCUUCUUCUAUGGACUGUGGUUUGUGUUUGCUUGAGCAGUUGCUGUCCAAAAUUAGCAAGUUUGGAUUCAUGCAAGACCUGUAUGUGGGUAGUGCUCUGGUUAGUGGGUUUGCAAGAUAUGGAUUGCUAGAUACUGCUAAGAAGAUUUUUGGGCAAAUGAGUGAGACGAAUGCAGUGUCCAUGAAUGGUUUGAUGGUUGGAUUGGUGGGGCAAACGCGAGGAGAGGAAGCAAUUGAAUUCUUUUUAGAGAUGACAGACUCGGUUAAAAUAAAUUCGGACUCUUUUGUGGUUCUUUUGAGUGCCUUUCCUGAUUUCUCUGUGCUAAAAGAAGGGAGAAGAAGAGGUAGAGAGGUUCAUGCACAUGUCAUCAGAACAGGCUUAAUUGAUUCCAAGGUUGAAAUCGGAAAUGGCUUAGUUAAUAUGUAUGCUAAAUGUGGUGCAAUUAAUGAUGCCUGCUCUGUCUUCAGUCCAAUGGUUAAUAAAGAUUCAGUUUCAUGGAACUCCAUGAUCUCUGGUCUUGACCAGAAUGAGUAUUUUGAAAAUGCAGUCACGUGCUUCUGUACAAUGAGAAGAACGGGAUUGAAGCCUUCGAAUUUCACACUGAUCAGUGUUCUGAAUUCAUGUGGCAGCUUAGGUUGGAUCAACCUGGGAGUACAAAUACACUGUGAAGGACUCAAACUGGGACUUGAUUUGGAUGUUUCCGUUUCAAAUGCUCUUCUUGCUUUAUAUGCAGAGACUGGUUGCAUCAUGGAAUCCCAAAAAGUGUUUUCUUUAAUGGCAGGCUAUGAUCAAGUCUCUUGGAAUUCUGUCAUUGGGGCAUUUGCUGAUUCAGAGGAAUAUGCUUUUGAAGCUGUAAGAUACUUUUUUGACAUGAUGCACGAUGGAUGGUUUCUUAAUAGAGUAACCCUAAUCAACAUUCUUUCAGCAGUGUCAUGUAUUUGCCAUCAUGAUUUGGGCUGUCAGAUUCAUACUCUAGUCCUAAAGUACCAUCUUAUGGACGAUAGUGCAAUUGAGAAUGCUCUUCUCUCUUGUUAUGGGAAGUGUGGAGAUAUGGAUCUCUGUGAGAAAAUCUUUGGUAGGAUGUCUGGGAGGAGGGAUGAUAUAAGCUGGAAUUCCAUGAUUUCUGGGUACAUCCAUAAUGAACUUUUAGCCAAUGCUAUGGAUCUGGUCUGGUUUAUGUUACAGAGGGGUCAGAGAUUAGAUUGCUUCACUUUUGCAACCGUCCUUAGUGCAUGUGCUUCGGUUGCUACAUUGGAGUGCGGCAUGGAAGUUCAUGCUUGUGCAGUAAGAGCUCGUUUGGAAUCUGAUGUAGUUAUUGGAAGUGCGCUUGUUGACAUGUAUUCUAAAUGUGGAAGGGCUGAUUAUGCUUCAAGGUUUUUCGAAUUAAUGCCUGUGAAGAAUGUUUAUUCUUGGAAUUCCAUGAUAUCUGGCUUUGCACGACAUGGACAUGGAAACAAAGCUCUAGAGGUUUUUGCAAAAAUGAACCAACAAGGCCAACCACCGGAUCAUGUUACUUUUGUCGGGGUAUUAUCGGCUUGUAGUCACGUAGGGUUGGUUGAGCAAGGUUUUAAGCAUUUUGAAUCUAUGAGAAGUGAAUAUAAUCUAACUCCUCGGAUGGAGCAUUUCUCAUGUAUGGUUGACCUUCUUGGGCGAGCAGGUGAACUCGAUAAGAUUGAGGGUUUCAUAAAUAGAAUGCCAAUGGACCCUAAUGUUCUCAUUUGGAGGACAGUUCUAGGGGCUUGCUGUCGUGCAAAUGGUCGCAAAACAGAUCUUGGUAAGAGGGCUGCUGAAAUGCUUUUGCAAUUGGAACCUCAAAAUGCUGUCAAUUACGUGCUUUUAUCCAAUAUGUAUGCCUCUGGAGGGAAAUGGCAUGAUGUUGCAAAGGCCAGGCAUUCAAUGGGUGAAGCAGAAGCGAAGAAAGAAGCAGGGUGUAGUUGGGUCAAUAUGAAAGAAGACGGUGUUCAUGUUUUUGUAGCUGGGGAUAAAUCCCACCGUGAAAAUGAGGCCAUCUAUGAAAAACUCAGGGAACUGCAUGGAAAAAUGAGAGAUUUGGGAUAUGUGCCGCAGACGAAUUUUGCACUAUAUGAUCUUGAACUGGAGAGCAAGGAAGAACUACUUAGUUACCACAGUGAGAAACUUGCUGUUGCUUUUGUCCUCACUCGAAAGUCGGAAUUGCCUAUUAGGAUAAUGAAAAACCUCAGAGUAUGUGGCGACUGUCACUCUGCCUUCAAAUAUAUAUCACAGAUUGUUGGCAGGCAAAUAAUUUUACGAGAUUCAAACAGGUUUCAUCAUUUUGCUGAUGGUGGGUGUUCAUGUGCGGAUUACUGGUGAUCUCAUGGGUUAUGUUGUUUGGACUUUGGAGGCAUAAGUACAUACUUCUGUCAUUUAUGUCAUUUAGAAGACUACAUACAUGGAAUGGCUUCAUACAGAAUUAGAAGACAGUUUUAUGAACUGGACAAUAGUUGUGGAAUUCGGAGAAGCUACAUUCUUCGCUUGAUACAUCACGUUGAUCAAGGCAGUUGUUGCUGAUAUGUUGUAAUUUUCAACAGAGAACUUCACAUCUAUUGAUUAUCCAUCGGGCUAACUUGUAUCGACAUGAAAGAUUAAGAAGACGAGAUGUAUUGUGCAGAGAGAGAGAGAGAACACAGGAGGAUGGUUAAGAUGCUAUUGCUAGAGGGUUGCCCUAUGCAUAGACUUGAAGAAACUUGUGGAUGACACCGAGACUGCAGGAUCAGAGAAACUUGGCAAAGAAAAAUGUAUGGUUUAGGCAGCAGAGAUCAAUAUUUACAUCAGGUAAACCAAAAUUGACAAUAGAGGCGGUAAUCUGGAAUGAUCUAAGUUUUUUUAAUAUUAUAGAACACAAUGUCCUCGCCAGAGCUCAAUAGAAAAAGCGGAAUCAUGUAGCCGACCCCCAUUGAUGGGAACUUAAGGCUUUGUUUAGUUGGUUCGGAGGAGAACCUUGAAUUGCUCGAGAGUGCUUCAGAGGACAAAGAGAGCCAAAGUGCAAUACUGCAAGAAAAGCCAGAUGGGUAAUAGUAAAGAAUAGACCUGUAGAGCUGAAUUGCAAAAAGAAAUUCUUUUUGUAGUUUGACAAUAAGGUGAUGACACUCAAGAGCAGGACCAGGACCUGAUUGCCAAAGAACUUCAGUCUACUACCUUAGCAGGUGCUAUAUUGGGUAUAGAGUAAGCAGACGAAGACGUUAUGAGAAUGAAGAUGAUAGAAAAGGAGUCUAAAGAGUACACAUUGCUCCUGAGAAAAAACACUUUCGCUCCACUUCGGAGGAAUUAGCAGCAUCAACUAGUAGUUCUACUGUGAGGUUUUGUGGAUACAAUGAAGAUACUAUUGUGGAAUAUAAAAAGAGAUUUGUGUCAAAGCUGAUUAAAGAAAGAGGUCCUGAUGUUAUAUAUUGGUAUAGCAUCAGGUUCCAAAAUCUUGAGAAAUUCUGCCGGCAAGCUACUUUCUUUGCUUUUAUUUUGACUAUAUGGACAAGCAGGAAUGAAUCAGUUUUCAAUAAUAGAGUCUGGGAAGUGGAUGAAAUAUCUGAUUUGGUGAAAACAAGAAUGGCCAUUUGGAUAAAAGGAAGGUUCAAUAUCAGUGUCUAUUGAGGACUUUAUUUGGAACGAUCAGGAGAGUCAAGUUACAAUCCUGCUUUUUUGUCUUGCUCUGAUUUUUGGGUGGGUUGGGUUGUGGGCUGGUUUGGGUUGUGGUUGAGGGUAGGUCUUUGUCUGUUUAGGUAUUGUGGGUGUUAUGUCUCCAUAUCUGGUUUUGUUUCAUUGGGUCUUUGGGUUGGUGGGUUUUUGGUCUUCUACGGGUUUUCUUCAUGUUGUCCCCUUUGGUUUUUGGGUUGCCUUGGCUUUGGAGUUGUCCUUUUUGUCCCUUUGGUUUGUCUUCGGGGUUGUCUGGUCAAGCUGUGGGAGUCCUUCUAUGAGUUGGUGGGAGUUUCCUGCUUGUGUCCUGUGGUUUUUUCUUUUUGUGUCUGUUAGAGCAUGUAUCUUAUGUUAGGCUUGUUUGUAAUGUCUUGGUCUGUCUUUGUACCUUUGUGUCUGGUCGACUCUUGCCUUGGAGAUGGUCAUAUGAAUUCUGUAGCCCUGAAUGCUUUGAAUCCUUGAUAGUGGACUGAUAUAUUGCUGCUAUUGAUGGAGAAUAUGGGAUUUCUAUCUAAAUUGAUGAUGUUGCUGUUCUGAUGCUGUGCUGCCUGCUGAUAAGAUGACAUUGAUGUUCCUGAUGAUUCUCUGGGAGAUGAUAUUGUGCUGGAUUUUUUUGCUAGUGGAGGAGAUGCUAUUGCUGAAUGUUUUUGCUGAUGUUGCUGGUGCUGCUGAAUGGUGUUGCUGAAUGUUUUUGCUGCUUCUCUGUAAGGAUGGGGUGAUACUACUGCUUAGGAAUCAUGAAUCAUUUUCCAGUUUUGCUGCUGCUAAGCUGUGUGGUUUUGUCUGAUGCUGGGUUGUGAUGAUGCUGUUAAUGUUCUACUCAUGUCCAAUUCAUACUGCUGGACUUGUGUGACAACAUUGCUUGGAUCUUGAGGGAGCUGGAAUCACUUUCAGUUGUGUUUCUGCUGUGUGAUGAUCUCUGAUGCUGCUAAAUGUGCUAUUGCUGGCUCGAGUUGCCUUCUAAUCAUUGAGCUAUUUUUAGUUCUAAUGCUUUCUUGGAGCAUUAGAACUGUUCUCUCUUUUGGACUCAUUCAAUUUUUCAUUGGAUGUAAUUUUCUUCGUCUUUCCUGUUUCUCUUUUUGGCCUCAUACUAUUCUUCAAUCUCUGUGGCCGGUAUGUAGUCUUUCCCUCGAUGUACACUUUAUGGAGUUUUAAUAAAAUUUUGUUGCCGAUAAAAAAAAAAGGCAAUCUGAAUUGCAAAA